AUGGCAAACAAAACAAAAACAGUUGUAGCUGAUAAGCUUGGAAAUUUCAACACCCUAGGUGUAAAAGAAAUGAAUAUUCCUGAUGUCCCAGAAGGUUACGUUCUUAUAAGAACUGAAUUUGCAACACUCAACCCAAUGGACGAACUCAUGUUUAUGGGCAAAUAUUUCUAUCAACUUCAAAAUAAAACUCUUGGUAUAGAAGGAUCUGGAACUGUCGUCAGAAGUGGAGGUGGGGCUCUUCCUAACUCACUCCUUAAUAAGCGUGUCUGCUUUAUGGCUUAUGGUCCUAAUUCAACUGGUGCAUUCUCAGAAUUCUGUGUUACUGAUGCUAGAUUUGUACUGCCAAUCAAAGAUAAAUGGAUUUAUAAAUAAAUAGGGCAUUAUUAUAUAUAUAUAAAAUAAUUUAAAAAUAUAUGGCGAAGUGAAUAAUAUUCCUUUUGAGCAAGCAGCCACUAUGUUUUCCAACGCAUUGACAACCGAACUUCAUAUAAGAAAAAUCAAAAAAGGCAACCAUAGAGCAGUCAUAAUAAAUGCAGCUGCCUCCAUGACAGGAAAAUCUCUAAUUAAAUAUUGCUGCUAUUUAGGCAUUCCAGUUAUUGCGAUCGUUAGAGGUGAAGAAGAUGCAGUUUCAUUAAGAACUUGUGGGACAGAAAAUAUCAUCGUAUCCUCAAAUGAAGGCUGGUUGGAUAGAGCUAAAGACUUAUCAAGACAUUUAGGAGCCACAAUUGCUUUCGACGCUAUUUCUGGAGAGCAUACAGGGCAUUUAUAUGAACUUAUUCAAGAGCCUGGUGUUGUCUAUGUAUAUGGAGGACUCUCAACGGAGCCGUGCACAAUCAACCCUAUGUCAUUUUCUCCAAGAAAAAAGCUUAAAGGUCUUUCUUUCAUGAAAUGGUGGUGCUGCUUACCUACCUUGAAAAGAAUUAAGCUCUGUGAAAGAGUUGAAAAAUUGAUGGAGGACAUUUUUAAUACAAAUUAUUGUGCAACAGUUAACUUGAAUGGUGUGAAAGAUGCAAUGGCGACUUAUCAUACUAGAAAGACAGACAACAAGUUCUUAAUCAGAACAAGAACCAAUUAA